UUGGACGACGCCCCCGAGUGGCAUUGGUUGAGAGUACCUCAAGGCGACGAUUGUUACGGGGAUCCAAGAAAGACGAGAGGGAGGGACCAUCAUUUGGGAGACUCUGGGGAAUCGGCGUCGAUUGGGACGUCGGAACGGUUGAGCCCGCCGUCGACGACGUCUCGAUUGUCAGACUCGGAAGUGUCGGAGCUGGACUACGACGACCAGCAUCAACACGGAUCGCGGCGCCACCGACUGGAAUCCGGCGGCGGUCAUCUCCAUCUGUCUUCCUCUUCAAGGUCUGCUUCGAAAAAAAAAAUG